AUGGAUUUGCAAGACGUUGAAAUGGCGAUGCUUACUUCGGAUCUGCCCAACCACGCUUCUCGCAGUGCUGAGAUGCCGAUGCCUGGGGGGGACGAUCAGAUGAAACUGGUCGACUUAUGCGCAAGGAGCAAUUCGCUCUAUGAGCUAUACUUGCAGCUGCCCAAGCUUGCACAUGAUCUUGAGAGAAAUCCGGUCAUGAGGCAGAAUAACUUCAGGGUUGUUGAAACUGUCAGAUCUCUGAGGGAAAUGAGCUGGGUUGUAUGUGAACUUCUGCAUAGCAUGUCACCUCGCGUGGUUGAGAGCAUUGUUAAAGGCACUUUUGCCUAUGAUUCUCAACGACAUAUUGACUGUUACCCAAAGCCAAGCAAGUACGAUGGCGAGAUACCAGGGAUUUAUGUCGUUGGCUUAAGCCGACGGGGCGAGAAAGGCCGGUUUCUCAACAUCAACGAGAUGGAGACCUUGAUUCAAUGGCUACAGUUUUACAUUGAAGGGUAUCUCGCCUAUGCCAAGAAACAGUAUGCUGACCUUUCUUCCGACGAGGAAAUUGCCCUCAAGCGCUUGAAAGCUGUUGACAGUGAAGCGGGAGGCAAUCCGUCACCUAAGCCAGUCUUCAUUGAGAAGGAUGAAGAGAUUCCAAGGAUACGGGCAUUGAUUGAUACCUUCAAGAAGAUGUGCAACAGAAGCUUGGAUGCUACAGGCACUGUCAGAAUGUUGCAAUCUCCCCUUUAUGUGGGCUGCUCUAAGAACCUAGCUGACCGUAUGUCAAUAUAUGAGAAAAACAGCCUCAAAGGAAUGAAUAAGCCUUUGGGGCUUACUGUUUGUAUCAUGAGGAAGCUCAACAAGCCACUCAAGCUUCAUGUUUGCAACGUGAUACGCAUAUGGGAGCCAACGCAGCUGCCCAUUGCAGAACAGCUUGUGGCUUCACUUGCAAGCUCGCUUAUCUACCAGCACGGCUUUAAUGCUACAGAGGCUGGGGGUACAGGGCCUAACACGAUAACGUCAGCCAGUGGUAUUAUGCAUAACACCAAGAUGGUCAUGUCAGACUUGAAGCAUCUAGCCACAAAUGCUAAGAAUAGUAUCGCUGAGCUGGAACAACGAAAGGGAUUCGUUGAUUCUCUUAAUAAGAUACGUGGAAGUGUUGCUGAUAUUGCUGUGACAAUGGAACAAUGCGAUCGACAGCUACGAAGUCUUCCCGAAGACUUUCGCUGGAACAAUACAUUAACAAAGCUUGAAGAGCUUGUUGACCGCCUUCAGAAGGAAGUAGAGCAAAAGAAGGAGAUUCUACGGUUUUGGGAGCUUAUGGUAGAAAUCCAGCAGUUAUCAAUUCAAAUACUAAAAUAA